AUUUCGUAUGCCAUUCAUGAGCUUCCCCACAUUUGGAAACCGGAGAACAACCUCGUCAUUGUUAUUUGGCUCUCUUGCUCGUCUGAUUUGACCCUCAGUUACCCCAAGGUUGAUCCUAGCCUCAAGGUCUUGAGGCUUGGAUUUGACACGGUGACAUCCGUAAAGGUCGUGAACCAGAAUGCAUCAACAAUGACUAAUUCCUCUAGCGCAGGUAAAGCUCUAAGAAACAACAAAUCACCAUAA